GUAGCGCCAGUUUGACCUUUAUUGGAGUGUUUUAACCACCGGUCGCUGUGGCGGCGACUCCGUCCGCUCUCAUUUAUGUCUCUCCGUCAUUACACCAGACAAGAUUUUAAUUAUUUUUUCUAAUUGGGUGGGAACGGGACAGCUGGUGAAGAUGGGAGGUAAUGGCAGCACCUCCAGGAAAGUGUCAUUCGGACUGGACGAGAACGAGAAGGUCACAGUAAUUGAAGGAGUGAAGCUCUCAGAGGAUGUGCUCCGACGAAUGAGGGAUUCUCAGGGGUCUGACAGCGACAAGCCACCACCAUCUCCACCAGAUAGUCACGAACCACCACCAAGUCCAAAACCAACAGGACCCUCCGCCGCAGAAAUACAGGAGGAAAUCCGCAAAAACUUUGAGCGUGAACAGGCCCUGGUGCAGGAGCAGUUGGCCAGACUGGCUCAGAGGGAGAGAGAGAUAGGAGCAACUGCAGGACUGGAUGAUCUGACCCCUGCCCUCCUCAUCGAGAAAGGAAAGGCCCAUGAGGAGAAAGAAAAGGCCAAGCUACUGGCCAGACAACUGCAGAAUAAAGAGAAGGAACUAGCCAGCAUAUCCAGCUUCUACAAAGAGCAACUAGAAAUACUGGAAAAAAAGAACCUUGACAACUACAAGCAGGCAGCUGAACAGUACAACGAGGCAGCUACUAAAGCUGAGGCCCACAUCAGACCUCGACAGACUGCAUCUGUGUGCAGUGAGCUGCAGGCCAAGGUGCUCCAGUGCUACAGAGAAAAUCCACAGCAGACCCUGCACUGCUCCAGCCUGGCCAAACAGUACAUGACCUGUGUCCAGCAAGCCAAGAAGGGAAAAGGCAAGUAAGCAAGAGUGCGCUGACGAAUCACGGCUAAGAAACCCAAAGAAAGCAGAAGCAAGAGGAGACGUGAAGAAGGAGAGAGCAUAUCAAAUCCGUCCAUUUCUCGCCUCCCACUGUCCUUCUAUCCAUCCAUUUAUUUAUCCACCAUCACUGAAUAACCCCCUCCUCUCUCCCACUCACCUUUCUUCUUGUUUUUUGAGUGUAUUAUCUUGACAUGUCACUUCAGAGUGUAUGAUGUGUUGAUUUAUUGUUACAUUGCGCUGGCACACCCCAGCCGUCGAAGAAAUAAAUCCCAGUGAUCUGGUGGUGAUGAGACUGCA